CAUGGCGCCGACUAUGUGGCUGUCGAAUGGAGUCAGCACUUAGCCUAGUGUGAGAAUCCGACGUGCUGUGAGGGCCAGGGAUAAGACUGCUCAGUGUUCACAUGCUGUCUUAUUUAAACACUUGGCUCCUAUUCAGCGACAAUUCGUAUGAAGCCUGUUUCUUUCCCCAACAGCUACAGGGACAACAGUUAUGGAAGACGAGGAGCGUCAGAAAAAGCUAGAGGCUGGCAAGGCAAAGCUGGCCGAGUACCGUCAGCGGAAAGCCCGUGCUGACGGCCAGAAGAAACAGAAGAAGAAGAAAAAGAAGGGAGUGGACGAGCCUCUGGUGAGGGAUGAAGGUGGCGAUCUAGAGCCCUCGGGCGGGGAGGAGGUCGGGGGAGGCGAAACGAGAGAGCCCCGCCAGACGGAGUUCACCUUCGCUCGCACCCUCCGCAGAGGCGAGACCGUCAAACACGACCAGACCUAUACCAUAGAGCCUGAAAGUGAGAUGUCUACCACAGCAGAAGACUACUCCACAGAGGUGAAUGGGUGCCUAGAGAAGACAAACAGAGCCACGGAGGCUCCUCAGGACUUACUCUGGGAGGAGGACCUGCGUCAGACUGUAGCCCCAUCAGAUCAGGACCUGCUGACCCAUCCACAAAACCGACUGCAGGACAUGGAGGAUGAGCUGGCCGCUAAGACGCAGGCCCUGGAGGACCUCACCAGGGAGCUGGAGGACAUCCGUGCUGCCUUCGGCACCGAGGAGGGAGUGCAACAGCUGCAGGACUUUGAGGCGGCGCUCAAGCAAAGGGACGGCAUCAUCACGCAGCUCACCGCCAACCUGCAGCUGGCCCGCAAGGAGAAGGACGAGGUCAUGAGGGAGUUCCUGGAGCUCACCGAACAGAGCCAGAAACUCAACAUUCAGUUCCAGCAGCUACAGGCGGGCGAGACUCUGCGGAACAGCAGCCACAGCAGCACGGCGGCCGACCUGCUCCAGGCGCGCCAGCAGCUCGUGCUCCACCAGCAGCAGCUGGAGGAGCGGGACGCCGAGGUCAGAGGUCACCGGGAGCGCGGCGAGGAGCAGCGGCUCCAGAUCAGCCAGCUCCAGCAGCGCCUCAGACACAUAGAAACGGUGGGCACACAAGCAGACGAGUCACUCGCACUGAAAUUACAGGAGAAAGAGCUGCUGGUGGCCAAGCAGGAGAGGGCCAUGUCCGAACACGAGCACUCGCUCAUGCGCCUGCGGGAGGAGCUAACCUCCUCAGAGCAGCAGCGGAGUGUGUUGAGCCAGCAAUUAGCCGCCAAGACCCAGGAACUGGACGCGACUAAAGCAGAGGCUGAGCGGAGCCGGUCAGAGCUUGAAUGUACCAAGGUGGACCUCGAAGGAACGAAGGUUGAGUUUGAAAGGACCAAGGUUGAGUUUGAGAGCAACAGGUUGGAUCUCGAGAGGAUCAGGAAAGAGUUGGAGAGCAGCAAGGUGGACUUCGAUGGCAACAGGUCGGAGUUUUAUGAGAGCUUGAAGAUGGAGUUGGAGAACAGCAGGGAGGAGCUUGCAAGCAACAAGGUGGAAAUGGAAAGUAACAGGGCAGAACUCAAUGUGACUGAGGCAGCACUUGAGGGCCUCAGGGUGGAGCUUGAGAAACUGAGGGCGGAGCAUGAGGGCAGAAGGGUGGAGCUUGAGAGUGGUAGGGUGGAGCUUGAGAAAUGUAAGGCGGAGUUGGAAAGCAGCAGGGCGGAGUUGGAAAGCAGCAGGGUGGAGCUGUCGUCCUCACGGCAGAAGGAGCGCAUGUCAUCGGCGGAGAUCCAGCAGCUGAUGGGGACCGUGGAGGACCUUCAGCGGCGCUGCCACCACGGCAGCCUUUCAGAAGGCGAAGCCCUGCAGCGGGCAGAGGAGGACGUGGCGCGGCAGCUGGAACGUCUCCGGGGCGAGCUGGACGAGAUGUACGGUGAGCAGAUCGUCCAGAUGAAGCAGGCGCUGCAGGCACAGCACGCCGCCGAAGUCGAGCGGCUGCACCAGCACCAUGCCGGUGAGAUGGAACGGCUCCACGGCCAGGCGACGCAGAGCUGCGGCGAGGCCAACCAGCUGAGCGCCCGCGUGGUGGAGCUGCAGCAGAAGCUGCAGGAGGCGCAGGUGCUGCGCGAGCGCGCCCGCCAGGAGCUCUCGCAGGUGACCGAGGAGAAGCUCGACCUGCAGAGCCAGGUGGAUGACCUCCUGAAGGACCUCCGCUCGGCCCGCGAGAAGGUGGAGGCAGCGGUCGCGCAGAACGCCGGAGACCGGCGCGAGAGCGAGGCCGAACGCCUUCGGAACACCAUCUCUGAGCUGGAGGCCCAGCUGGCCGAGGCUCACGAGGCGGCCGGCGAGCUUGAGGCCAAGCAUGAGUCUGAGGUGACCAACUACAAGAUCAAGCUGGACAUGCUGGAGCGCGAGAAGGACGCGGUGCUGGACCGCAUGGCCGAGUCGCAGGAGGCAGAGCUGGAGCGCCUACGCACAACGCUGCUCUUCAGCCACGAGGAGGAGCUGGGGCGCCUGCGCGACGAGCUGCAGCGCGAGAGCCAGCUCAACGCCGAGAACCUGCGCGGCGAGGCUGCGCCCAGGCGCGGCCCCCUGGAGCAGCUGCGGGCGCCCUGAGGCCGGCUCCGGCAGGACGAAAGGGGCCCGACCUGGCGAGGAGGGGGCCAGCUCCCCUGGCCGAUGGAGGCACUGAAGGAGGAGCUGGCCCGGGCGUCGCUGGACAGCUCGCGGGCCGAGGAGCUGGUGGAGCGGCUGAGGGAGAUGGAGCUGGAAGUGGAGGAGCUGAGGGAGAGCGAGAGCGAGAGGGCCGACGCGGCGACGGAGAGAGAAAAGGAGGCGCUGAAGGAGGAGCUGCUGAAGGAGGUGCGGGAGCGCGAGCGGAGCUGGGACGCCAAGUACCGAGCGCUGGAGGUGGAGAGCAGGACGCUGACGGAGGACAACGCAGCCAUGAAAGACGAGCUGGAGCUAUUGAACGAGGACCGGACAAAGGUGCGGGAGAAGAUCGCCGCGCUCGUCGAGGAGAACGAACGCUUGCAGCAGAGCACCGACGAGCUGCGCGAGGAGAUCGAGCGUCAGAAGAACACCUUCUCGUUCGCCGAGCGCAACUUCGAGGUCAACUACCAGGAGCUGAGGGACGAGUGCACAUGCCUGGCCGGCGAGAAGGCGCAGCUUGAGGAGAGGGUCCGCCGCGAAACGCUCGAGUACGAGGCCAAACUCAACGGCCUGCGCUCGCAGGUCCAGCAGCUGCAGUCUGAGCUGUGCACUGAUCUGGAUGGAGGUGUGGUGGAGAAGGACACCACGGAGCUGAUGGAGAAGCUUCAGUCGUCGGAGAAGGAGCGAGAGCGUCUGGCCCAGCAGCUGUCCAAGACUUCUGUCUGUCUGGAGGAGAGGGAGGCGGAACUGAAGGAGAAGGAGGCAAAGCUGGAGCAGAUGGAGGAGGAGCUUCGUCUCGCGCAAGAGGAGAUGGGAGAGGUCAACGCUCGUAUCCGAGAGCUGGAGACCGAGAGAGCAGCAGCAGCAGCAGCAGCAGCCGCCGCCGCCGCUCCUCCGAACGUCCAGGCAAGCUCGCCGCAGCCCCCUGCCCACCCCCCGCAGCAGCCCCCUGCCCCCAGCAAGGGCUCGUGCUCGGUGGAGGAGCACCCAGCUCGCCUGGCCUCCCUGGAGCAGCAGGUGGAGGCUCUGCGCUCCCAGCUCCAGGCUGCCGAGCGGGAGAGACGGCGCGCAGACGAACAGCACGCAGCCCUGCAGCGGGAGAAGGACGGGCUCGCCGAGCAGCUCCGGCAGCGCGCACAAGCACCUGUUGCGGGUGUCCCCCCUCCCUCCUCCUCCUCCUCCUCCUCCUCCUCCUCAUCCGCCGCUUACUCUUCGUCCUCCCCCCACCUCUCCCUCUCGUCCACUCUCCCUGCCCCCGUCUCACAGGCACUUGAGCAGAGCGAGAGCAGCCAGCGACAGCGGCAACAGGAGCCGCGCGGAGAGCAGAGAAGCACAGAGCCGCCUCGGCCGCCACCGCUGCCGCUGGAGGAGAGAGAGAGAGAGGGAGAAGAGGAAGAGGAGGAACAGGUGGAGGAGAAGAGAGAAGUGGAGGCUGGCAGGAGAGAAGCGAACGCGACAGGAAAGAAGAAGAAGAGGAGACGACGGGGGAUGCUGCACAAGCAACGAGUUGCCGACGGCGAGCGGCAAGGGAGCGGAGACACGAAGCAGCCCUGCGUCAUGCCGUCUGCUCCACAGGAGGAGGGCAGCGUGAGCGCAGAUGACCUCGACGGCAGGACCUCAUCGUCCGCCAUCCAGCAGCAGCACACCGAGACCGCUCGCUCCAAGGCCGAGGACCAUGCGGAGUGUUUGUUGCAGCUGCAGGCCCAGCACAUCAGCCUGUCUCAGAUCCAUGCGGCACAGCUGGAGCUGCAGAGGGAGAGCCUGCAGGAGCAGACGCAGCAGACGCAGCAGCGCCUACACAGUCUGGAGCAGGAGCUGCAGCGCCUGCAGCCGCCAGAGAGAGAACACGAAGAGGAAACCAGAUCUACAAAAUACCAGAAUGUAAUUCAAGCCAUUUCAGAUGAAUGCAAACAGGUCAUACAGUCAUUUGUUACUCUACUCGGUGAAGAGUUGGUGCUCUCUCUACCAUCUGAAGAAGAUGAGUGGAAGAGGGUAACUGCUCCAACAACCAAACGUACAGACCCAGGGUCACUGUUACAGGAGGCUGAAGAUCUGUGCAACAGCCUGUACCAGCUAAGGGAAGGCAUCACACAGGAAUACAGUCGCCUCCAGGAUCUACAGGCCUCACUGAAGGCUGAUGGGGACAAGGUGGCGUCAUUGCAACUGGCCAAUGAGGAGCUGAGGAGGACCAGUGAGGCGGAGAUCUCUGACCUGCGGACACGGAUCUGCACUCCCUCCCUGACCCAGGCCUCUGAUGGUCGCCACGAUGUCCAUGGGCGAGGGCAGGUACCGACGGCGCAGGCCGACACCUCCGAUCGCCUGCGGGCGGAGUUCCAGGAGCGUCAGGCCCAGCUAGAGCAGCGCCACCUGGAGGAGGUGGAGCGCCUGCGCGCCUACUAUCAGCAGAAGGCCAAGGAGACGCAGGAGCGCUACGCCACCGAGGUCAUCCUGCUGCAGAACAGGCUCCAGGAGCUCACCGGCACUGACGCCCAGUUCAGCAUACCAAGCAUGUCGGAGCAUCCCAUGCAGAAGGAAGAGGAAGUCGAAGAGUUUAAGUGGGAGGAGGACGUGGAGGCGGAGGCAGAGCUCCAGGGUCCGUCGGUGAGGUCGUCGGCGUCGUCGGCGUCGUCUGCCGCGGCGGGACUGUCGCGGCAGCUGCAGUCGCUCCGGCAGGCUCUCUACCACAAGUACCUCCAGGAGGUGACCGCCCUCAAGGAGCAACACCGCGCCGAGCUGGAGCGCCUACGGAGGGAGAGGAAGGAGAGGAGGAGGGAGGAGGAGCAGGAAGAGGAGGAGGAGGGGCGCGUAACGGUCAACGGCGAGCAGCGGUCAAGCAAGAGACGGGGAGAGCAGCUGACCCACUCAGUGGAGAGGGUGGAGGAGGAGAUCGCCAAGGUCAUAGUGCAGAUGUCAGUGGAGUUUGCCCAACAAACAGAGCUGGCUCGUCUGGCCAAGCAGGCACGGGAGACCUCCUCCGCCAUGCAGACCCAGCCGCCAGAGGGGGAGCAGGACGAAGAUGGGGAGGAGGUGGUGGAUGGAAUGGGGCUCCCCGUUGAGGAGCAGCUCCAGGAGAUGCGGAGGAGACACUGGGAGGAGGUGCAGCGUCUGGAAUUGGAGCUGCAGGAGCUCAGGCGGCAGCUGAGGGCAGCUGAGGAGCGGGCAGACGCCGACGCCGCCGUAUGCGGGCCAGACUCGGCCCGGAUGCGGACAAGCCUGGCGGACGAGGCGGUGGCAUGGGGCCCGACGGCGCGAGCCCACGCCGAGCCUCACACAAAGGCUGAGAUGGCCGCUGGGUCGGAGUCGCUGCUGGAGGAGCUGCAGCGGGCGCUGGGUCAGCAGGAGCAGGAGCACAGCAGGGAGCUGGAGGAGCUCCGCGCCGCCCACGCACACCAGCUGGAGGAGCAGAGGGACCAGCAGCUCCAGCUCAGCGCCCAGCUCCACACACUACACGCCCAGCUAGAGCAGGAGGCGCAAAUGAGAGAAGCAGAUGAUGGACAGACCAUGAGAAGAGAGAGACAAACGCAGCAGAAGCAGGAUCGCAACGUCCAGAGCACCUCAACACAGACCGAGCAGCAGGCCGCUGAGGAGGAAGAUGAGAGGGCGAGGAAGAGGAAGGAGGAAACAGGAAGAGGGGCCUCGACAGGAGCUCAAGACACAUCCUCGGAUGUUAUCACCACAGAGAGGAACCUGCUUCGAAAAGCCAACGAGCGCCUGCGCCAGGUCCUCAGUGAUGUGCUCAAGACCACGGCAGCCGCUGAGGAGACCAUUGGACGGCAUGUGGAGGGCCUCCUGGAGGCCACCAGCAGGGGGCAGCACCCGCCCCACAGGCCCACCUGGCAGAGGGGCCACGCAGAGGCCUUCAAACCCUACACUGGACCCGCUGGAGAUGAGUCGUCAGAGAGUUGCCAUGGUAGCGAGACGGUGGCGGACGAAGCAAGCGUGUGGUCAGGCGAGACUGAGGUGGACGAGGGCCUGGAGCUGUCGCAGCAGCUGCUGGAGGGCUCGCUGGCCACCGGGGCGGCGCUGGAGAAUGAGGAGUACCUGACCACCAUCAGCACCCGCCUGCAGGCCGCCGUGGAGAAGCUGCUACUCGCCAUCUCUGAGACCACCAACCAGCUGGAGCAUGCCCGUGUGACGCAGACAGAGCUGAUGCGAGAGUCGUUCCGCCACAAUGAGGAGGUGCAGGAUCUGAUGAGGCGGCAGGAGGAGCUGCAGGAGCAGCUCAGUGAGGAGGCUGCUCGCGAGCAGCUGGCCCUGGAGCUCCACAGGGCAGAAGGCUUGAUUGACGGCUACACGGGUGAGCGGGCGUCGAUGGAGGCACAGGUGCGCCAGAAGGAGGAGCUACGUCAGCAGCUGGAGCAGGAGCUGCAGGUGACGGCCAGCCGGCUGCAGGAGCUGGAGCUGGAGCGCCGCCACAUGCAGCAGGAGCGCGAGCUGCUCUCACGCCAGCAGGACGCCAUGAAGGACGACGCCGGCCCGCGCGAGCUGCGCCUAGUUGAAGCUGCAGUCCUUGCAGCACCUGAAGCAGACCUGCUGGAGGAGACGGAGAAGCUGAUGCAGGAGAAGGUGGAGGUGCAGCUGCAGGCGGAGAAGGAGAGCGUUGUGAUGCUGCAGCAUCUGAAGGGCCUGGAGGCCGAGCUGGAGGAGCAGGUGAACCGCAGCAUCGAGCAGGAGCAGGCACACAACGCCGAGACCGCCGACCUGCGUCAGCAGAUCCAGGCCCUGGAGAAACAGCUGGAGAAGAACCGCAAAUUCCUGGACGAGCAAGCGAUGGACAGGGAGCACGAGCGAGACGUCUUCCAGCAGGAGAUCCUCAAGCUGGAGCGGCAGCUGAAGAACCCGCCCAAAUCUCAGAGCGCCAGCGAGCAGAGGGACCGAGAGGUGGAGCAUCUGAGCACCCAGCUGCAGGAGAAGUCGGACUUGUGCAGCGAGCUGCUGCUGCGGAACGAGCAGCUACAGCGCGAGGCGGCCGAGCGGGACGAGGAGCUGGAGCGGCUGGGCGAGCGCGUGCGCCAACUGGAGCAGGCCCUGCUGACCAGCACCGACACCCUGCACAGGGUGGAGGAGUCUCGGCAGCAUGCCCCCAUGACUGAAGCUGAGCAUGGCACCCUGGAGGCCCAGCUGCAGACGGAGCGGGAGGCGCUGGACAGGAAGGAGAAGGAGAUAUGUAACCUGGAGGAGCAACUGGAACAGUUCCGUGAGGAGCUUGAGAACAAGAGUGAGGAGGUGCAGCAGCUCCACAUGCAGCUGGAGAUCCAGAGGAAGGAGCUGAGCAGCCAGCAGCUAGAGCUGGAGGCUAAGGCCAGCCUGCUGGAGGUGAUGGAGCAGAAGGAUAGGGAGAUAGCCCUGCUCAAUGAGCAGCUGGCUAAGCUCCAACACAUGGAAGACACCCCUGACAACAAGGUGAUGGAGGAGCGGAGUGAGCAGGUUCGGGAGCUGGAGUCUCAGGUGGAGAUCUUGCGCAGCGAGCAGGAGCGCCUGAAGAGGAGCAGCGAAGAGGAGGUGGACCAGCUGCACGCCGUCAUCGACAAGCUCCAGCAGGAGAUCGCUAACAUUGAGCACAAGCCACGGCACAGCCUGCAGGGGGAGGAAGAGGAUGAGGAAGAGCUUCACAAAGAGGAGAUGGACGAGAUGAAGCAGCGCAUGGACGAGGUGACGCAGGAGCUGGACACACUGAAGGUUGACCACCAGGAGCUUCAGGAGCGCUACGAGAGCCUCCGGGAGGAUGGGGCGUGGGCGGAGAAGACCACCACUGAGCUCCAUGACGCCCUGCGGGAGAAGGCCGCCGCCCUGGUGGUGGCCCAGGCGCAGGUGCAAGCACUGGAGCAGAGCGCCAGCGCCCAGGUGGAGACGCUGAGCCAGCGGGUGGAGGAACUUGAGGUCUGUGUGGGCGAGAAGGACCUAGAGCUGGACGUGUGCCGGGUCAAGGUGGAGCGGGCCCAGACAGACGCGGCUGGCCUCCACCGCCGCGUUGCCGAGCUGGAGGACAAACUCAGGGAGAAGGUGGCAGCCAUGCUGGUGAGCCAGGCCCAGCUCGGGGCCAUCCAGGCCCAGACCAAAGAACUCCAGCAUGGGGUCAGCGCAGAACUGGAGGACCUGGGUGGACUGACCUCACUGAGCCCCAUGGUGGGGCUGGGGGCCCCAGGCUUCGACGUAGCACAGAGGGCCACCAGCAGAGCCGCAGCCCCGGCCGGUAAGGUCGGCCUGCUGACGGAGAAGCUGAAAGAGCUGGAGGAGGGCCUGUGCGGCAUGCAGAAGGACCAGGAGCUCCAGAAGCAGCUGCUGUCCAGCUCUGAGGAGGAGGUCAUGGAGUACGAGAGGAGGCUAGCCACACUCAUGGACCUGCUCAGCCAGAUGAAACCGCCCCAGCAGAGGACAUCGCUGUCAUCUGAGGCCUCAGGAGGUGAGGCGUCCGUGUCGGAGCUCCUCCAGGAGCUGCAGGAGGCGCAGGAGAAGGCCCAGGCUGCUGAGGAGGAGCUGAGAAGCUUCAGGGAGCACAGCCACAAACUACAGCAGGAGCUGCAGAUCAAAGAUUUAACAAUAGCUCAAUUACAAGAGGACCUUAAGGAGGCUUCAGAUGCUGGUGUUGAAGAGGACCCUGCUGUUGUGUCAGAGCUGCGUCAGGAGUUGGAGGAGGUGCGUGAGGAGGCGUCCUCCACCAAAGAGGAGCUGAGUCUCCACAGGGAGCGCAGCGACAAACUACAGGAGGAGCUGCUGGCAAGAGAGAUGACCAUAGCACAGCUGAAGGACAAACUCCACCGGGCCUCUGGGGUGGACGGCGAGGGCUCCGUGUCCGAGCUGCUGCAGGAGCUGCAGGAGGUGCGCGAGGAGGUGUCCUCCACCAAAGAGGAGCUGAACAGCUACCGCGAGCGCAGCGACAAACUCCAGCAGGAGCUGCAGCUCCGGGACGUCUCCAUCGGCCAGCUCCAGGAGGAGCUGCAGAGGCUGCAGAGCGCGCUGGCCCAGUCAGCAGAGCAGCAGCAGCAGCAGCAGCAGCAGCAGGCAGCCCAGGCAGCCAAGCACAUCCAGGGAGCCCAGCAGCAGCAGCAGCAGCAUCCACCCCCCUCCCAGCCCAAGAAGAAAGGAGGCAAGCCAGAUCACCAUGGCGGAAAGAACAAGGGUGGCGCUGGUGGAGGGAAGGACAAGCCCUCACUCUCCAGGAAGAACUCUGCAGUCAUGCAGCCGGAGAAAUCCCCCUCUCCGUCGUCGUCCUCCACGAGCAGGAACGGGCGAUCGCAAGUCGCCGGCACUGAUGUAGCAACGCAGACAGACUUGGGGCCGAUGCCGAUGGCAGCAGCAGCCGUGGGAGCGUCGCAGGCCUCUGAGGAGGUGGCGGAGGUGAUCGGGGAGUACCAGGAGAAGAUCGACCAGAUGCAGGAGCUCCACGCCGCCGAGAUCAUGGACAUGGAGGCCCGGCACAUCUCCGAGAGCGAGGGGCUCAGGAGGGACGUGCAGGCCCUGGAGGACGAGUGCAGGACCCUGAAGGUCAUCAUCGACAAACUCCGCAGCUCCGAGGGUGCUGCGUCCAGACAGGAGCAUGGUGCUGGACCGCAGUUCAAAGAUGGCUAUACAAGUGACAGCAGUUCGGACUGGAGCCAGCGCACCGGGUUGGACCUACAGCAGGAGUUCAGGACCACACCCGAAGGAGCCAGACGAGACAACGAGGCCGACGUUCUCCCCGACAGAAUCAAGAGUCUGUUACGUGAGGUGCACCAGGAGGGCAUGCAGGUGCUGUCUCUGUCGGAGCUGCCCUGUGACAUGGCCGGGGAGGGGACUGGACUGGCCCCCCACCUGCUGCCCCUUCAGGGCUGGACCAAAGAGAGGGAGGCCCUGCUGGCCACAGUGGAGUCCCUCAAAACCCUCAUCGCCAAGCUGCAGAUGCACAAGGGGACCCAGGUGAGGCUCUGCUCCAGGCGCCAUGGAAACGGGGCCUCGGGGCAACAACAUGCAAAACCGCAUGUCAUCCAGGGUUGUAAUUGGCACAGCACAACGAAAGCAGGAAGAAAGCAGUUUAGCACCUCAAUGCUAAAUGUGUGUGUGCAGCAGGUGUUCCGGCGUGAGCGGGACGUGCUCAAGAGCGCCCUCUACAGCCAGCUGGAGAUGCUGGACACCAGUGACGCGGUCAUCCACCUCAACCAGCUGGAGCACAGGCUUAGAGAACAGGAUGCUCAGCACAGGGAGGCCAUGGGCGCCCUGCACUCCGCUGACAGGAACAGCCUGCUGACAGAGGUGCGGCAACUCCGAGCCCAGAUGGAGCAUCUGCAGCUGGAUGCAGGCGUCAGGGAGAUCACAUCUCCAUGGCAACAGUCACUGCAGCAUCCACAACAACAACAAGAACAACAACAGCAGCAGGAUGUUCCUAUCACCGGCAUAGCCGCUGGUUCCCGUGAGCAGGAGCCUGAGAGGGUAGGGCCCCAGGCUGGGGCAGCGGGCGCUCAGGACCAGCAGGGGGUAGCAGCGCGUGCAGAGCGACAGCUCCUGGAGGAGGCCAAGAGCGAGCUGGCCCAGACCAAACUGGAGCUGGAGACCACGCUCAAGACCCAGCACAAACACCUGAAAGAGCUGAACACGCUCAGGGCUGAGCUCACUCAGAAGGCGACGGAGGUGCACUCGCUGACCGACCGGCUGGCCGAGGAGCAGCGGGCGGCGAGGGAGCUGCAGUGGGCCCUGGAGAAGGAGAAGUGCAAGUCGGAGAAGAGGGAGGAAAGGGAGAAAGAGGAGCUGGAGGACCUGAAGCUGGCUCUGGCGGAGCAGCAGGCUCUGGUGUCCGACCUGAGCGCUGACCUGGAGGAGGAGCGGCAGCUGUGUGUCCAGCUCAAGGCCCAGGCUCAGGAGCAGCAAUGCCAGCAGGACGCCCAGCUGUCCCAGCAGCAGAGCAGAGCCAAGGAGCUGCAGGUGCAGCUGGAAAGUCAGCAGGCGCGGGCACAGGAGCUGCAAGGGGCUCUGGAGCGGGAGAGGGAGCUCAGCGCCCAGCUCAGGCAGAAACCAUCCACUACCACCGCGCCCAAGGGCAGCGCACUAGAAGGAGCCUCUGCCACUGGCGUCUCACAGGCCGAGGAGGGCUGCAGUCAGGUGGAGGAGGCGGUGAGCUCCAUGGAGGCGCUGCUGCGGUCACUGCAGGCGGAGCUGGAGCAGAAGGAGGCCCGCGUGGUGCAGCUGCUGGGCGAGCUGGAGGCGCAGGGGCUGGAGGCGGUGCAGCAGGGCCGCGGCUGGGACGAGGAGCGCGCCGCGCUGACCGCUCGGGCCGCCCAGGAGCAGCAGGCGCUGGCCGAGUCGCGCGCCCAGCUGGAGCGGCUGAAGCAGCGGCUGGACGAGGCCCAGGGCCGGCUACAGGGGGAGCGGGAGCGCGCCCAGAGGCUGGAGAGGGAGAGGGACCGUCUGCAAGAGAGAGUGGCCGAGCUCAGCCGGUCAGCGGCGGGCAGGGAGGCCACCUCUCCGCCCACCAACCAGAUGGCGUGGCGAGGAGAGGGCGAGGGCGAGGGUGGCGACCGCACCAGGGACUGGGUGCUGCAGCAGAAGAGCGGCGACGGACUCACCGUCCACUCCAGCACUGCCUCGCUGCUGGAGCACGCCGCUGGCACCGCCGUCGCCGUGGCAACUGAUGCCAAUGUCAACAGCAACAGCCACAUGGACGGGGUGGUGCAGAGGCUCCAGCUCAUCGCCUCCAAGAUCAAGGGCAUGACCAGCGACGCCGCCGGCAGGCCGCCUGGUAGUCAGGUGGACAGAGAGGGUCUUGCGUGGCUGCAGUGUAAUGUGGAUGACGUGCUCUCCAUGCUCCAGCACCACAUGGCAACACAGACAUCAGCAGCAGCUCCUGAGAGCGCCACCCUGCUGGGAGGCAGCAGCUCCAGCGUGCUGACAGAGCGACUCUUAAGGCAGAACGCCGAGCUGACGGGCUUCGUGAGCCGCCUGACGGAGGAAAAAAAUGACCUGCGCAACCAGCUGCUGCGCCUGGAGGACGAGCUGAGACGCCUGCGCCAGAGAGGCCUGGGCUCCGACAGCGUGAGUGGUCUUCGUCAUCAGCAUCAUCCCCAUCAUCCUCUUCUCUCUCAACUUCAUUAUCAUUAUUUUAACUUCACUUACACCUUGCGGAUGUACGGGAGGUACCUGCGCGCCGAGAGCUUUCGGAAGGCUCUGAUCUACCAGAAGAAGUACCUGCUGCUGCUGCUAGGCGGCUUCCAGGAGUGCGAGGAGGCCACGCUGGCCCUGAUCGCCCGCAUGGGCGGCCACCCGUCGCCUGCCUGCCUGGAGACCAUCACCCAGCGCCGCCGCGGCUUCACUCGCUUCCGCUCCGCCGUCAGGGUCUCCAUCGCCCUCUCCAGGAUGCGUUUCCUGGUGAAGAGAUGGCAUAAGGCCACUGGGGCUGGCUCUGGCACCUCACCCUGUGCCAACAGAAACGGUCUGAGUCAGAUCACAGGUGGGGAGGGGAGGCACGACUCCCCGUUCCUGCACCCAGGCAGUGUGGAGGUGGACGGGUAUCGGCGUGGCGGCAGCAACAGGGGCAGGACCGGCCGCGACUCACCCCGGUCAACCCUCUCAGCCCAGCACAGGUACCAUGGCAUGGCGGGGGAACCAGGUGGAGGGACCCCAUGCUCUCAUCUGCUGAAUUAUGACCCUGACCGCGCACUUACGGACUACAUCGCCCGGCUGGAGACACUGCAGAGGAGGCUGGGCAGUGUGCAGUCAGGGUCUUCUUCAUAUGCUCAAUUGCACUAUGGAAUAAGAAGAUAAGACUCUUGACUUCUACAUUUGAACUGGCUUGAAAAAUAACUACUCAGUUGCCUUUUCUUGUGCUGAGCUGCUGUGUUUUUUGUACUCAUGAUGAUGCUAUUUAAUGUAUACUCUGUGGGACCAAAAUCAUCUUUUUUUUCCAUCUGUAAACCAGACCCUUGGGUCGCCAGCACCAGAAACCGCUUCUUCAUGUAUGUACAUUAGUCUGCUUAUUAUUAUUAUUAUUAAAAUUAUUAUUAUCUGUUGUGGAUGGAAUUACAAUCAUGUUUCCUAAAUGUAUAUUUGUGGAAUGCUAAUUUAAGAGAACCCAUUUAAUUUAUAUACUGUGCAAUGUAUGUACCGUGUGGGUGGGAGAUUGUAAACACAUAGGGAAUGUUGGGCUUUACUAUGAGGAGCUGCUAAUGAACACACUACACUGUGGUUUGCCAGCACGGUUUCUUGAGACAGACUACAGAGGACAUUUGUAGUAGAGGACAUAUUUUUGUAAAGGGUAGGAGCUUUGAAUUUUAUGGGUAUUUUGUCAACAUUGAAAUAAAGAUUAAUAUAAUAUUUCAAAGCAUAUGCCUUGUUAUCAUCCUUUUGCUAAUGUUGCCCUUUCGGAAAUAUGUUUAUUUCUGUAACCAAGUAACAAUAAAUUUACUUUUUAUUCAUUA